GCCGGGCCGGUGCCGCUGCGCUUCGUGGAAGAUGCCCCGGCGGCGGCGGAGUACCCCCGGCAGCGCCCGUGGCCGGGCCGGGGACAGCUCCAUCCAGGACUUCCAGGUGGGGAACCUGCUGGGCAAGGGGUCUUUCGCUGGCGUCUACAGGGCCGUGUCCUGCAAAACUGGCCUGGAGGUAGCUAUCAAGAUGAUAGACAAAAAAGCCAUGCACAAAGUUGGAAUGGUACAGAGAGUUCAAAAUGAAGUGAAGAUACAUUGUCAACUGAAACAUCCAUCUAUACUUGAGCUGUUUAAUUACUUUGAAGACUGCAACUAUGUGUACCUGAUACUAGAGAUGUGUCACAAUGGAGAAAUGAGCAGAUAUCUGAAGAACAGACAGAAACCUUUCUCUGAAGAAGAAACUCGACAUUUCAUGCACCAGAUUAUCACAGGGAUGCUGUAUCUUCAUUCUCAUGGAAUACUACAUCGGGAUCUUACCCUUUCUAAUCUUUUACUCACUAGCAACAUGAACAUCAAAAUAGCUGAUUUUGGACUAGCAACACAAUUGAAAAUGCCACAUGAAAAGCAUUACACAAUGUGUGGAACUCCUAAUUACAUUUCUCCAGAGAUAGCCACAAGAAGCGCACAUGGACUUGAAUCUGACGUGUGGUCUUUGGGGUGCAUGUUCUAUACUCUUCUGAUUGGGAAACCACCUUUUGACACUGACACAGUCAAGAACACACUGAACAAAGUAGUAUUAGCAGAUUAUGAAACGCCAGCCUUUUUGUCAGGAGAAGCUCAAGAUCUCAUACGCAAGUUACUUCGCAAAAACCCAGCAGAUCGUUUAAGUCUUUCAUCUGUCCUGGAUCAUCCUUUUAUGUCCAGAUGCAACUCAGCACGAAGUAAAGAUUCUGGAACUGUAGAAGAUUCCAUGGACAGUGGCAAUGCUACAAUUUCUACAGCUUUUACUGGCUCUUCUAGCAUCAGUAUAAGUGGUUACAUGAAGGAAAAGAAAAGAUUCUUAGUGGGACAGCCACUUCCAAAUAAACUUACUUUAUUUCCUAAAAAUAAGAAUUCUAGUGAUGCUUCCUCUGAUGCUAGUAGCUCUUACAAUAUUUGGGGAAUUCAGGGAAAAGAAACUGGCGUGACUGGUAGAGGACGAACAAUGCAACUUACUGAAGAGAGGCCACAUUCACGUUACCUCAGGAGGGCCCAUUCUUCUGAUAGGUCUGGCACAUCUUCCAGUCAGACUCAAGGAGUACCAGAUAGUGUUGAGAGGUGCCAUUCCUUGGAGCUGCUUUCAAAACCCAGAACAGGAAUGAUGGAACAUAUAGACAGCUAUUCAUCCACAAACAGCUACGGUGAUAUUCCUUCUAUAUUUAAGGAGAAGACUUCUAGUAGUUCUGGCAUCCAAACACAAUCAAAUUAUCUCUGUCCAAUGAAGUCCAGUGUUGGUUUGUUAGAACAGAAGACCCAGACUGAAACAAUGCAGCAAUGGCUUGGAGGCAUGCAAACAAAUGCUCAUUUAAGACAGCCUGCAGAUUCUAUCAGUCUCGGUAUCCAAAACCUCCAUUUAUGUGACCAUCUAGAUGUACAACAGGAAAUGUCAAGAGACCUGUGGAACGAUAUAAAAGAUAAAAAGAAUCCUGAUGUCUCCCUUGACAGUGCAUGUCCUAUAAAUCAAUUCAGCGUAAAGAAAUAUGCUUCUGGACUUCCAUGUAAGCAGAGCAAAGCUCAACCAGCAUCCACAUUUGUUCUCCAUCCAACUUCAGAGCAAAAAAAAGCCUGGGGCAAAGAGCCAUUAGGACAUCAGAAGCCUUCACUACGAAGUAUUGUCUCUCCUCUCAGUGCUCAUAGAUUAAAACCAAUCAGACAAAAAACAAAAAAUGCAGUGGUGAGUAUUUUAGAUGCAGGAGAAGUGUGUAUGGAGUUUAUAAAAGAACAACAUUCUCAAGAGUUUGUAAAAGAAGUUCUCAAAAUAUCUUGUGAUGGAAGUGUGAUUACAGUAUAUCAUCCAAAUGAAGGAAGAGGUUUCCUUCUUGAUGACAGACCACCUUCUCCUCCUGAAGAUGUCUGUAUGUACAGUUUUGACAGCUUGCCAGAAAAGUACUGGAAAAAGUACCAGUAUGCAGCUAAAUUUGUUCAUCUGGUGAGAUCAAAAACACCUAAAGUUACCUUCUAUACAAGAUACGCGAAGUGCAUGUUGAUGGAGAAUUUCCCUACUGCAGAUGUUGAAGUUUGUUUUUAUGAUGGGGCAAAAAUACAUAAGACAGCAGGUAUAACUCGAGUGAUAGAAAAAUCUGGAAAAUCUUACACUUUAAAAGAAGAAAAUGAAAGCGUCUUGAAGAAUGAAAUGCAAAUAUAUAUGUAUCAUGCAAAUGAGGGACAUCGCAUUUGUCUUGCACUGGAAGCUGCUGUUUUGGAAGAGGAGAAAAGGAAUGAAAAUGUUCCCUUUUUCCCUAUAAUUGUUGGAAGAAAACCAGGGAACACUGAAUCACCAAAGGCCCUGAUGCUGCCUUCAGUGGAUGCAGAUAGCACAGGAAAAGCUACCUCAUUGGAAAGAAAUAGAGCUGUCAGUUCUCCUAGUCAAGCUCCUAACAUCAGUCCUUCUAUGGUAUCUUAUGAAGGCUCUGCAUUAAGAACUGCUGUUGCUGAAACAACCUGUUCCUCCAAUCAAAAGGAGUGCAAUUCAAAUUCAGCCCAACUAGUGAAGUCUGUUUUUGUGAAAAAUGUGGGUUGGGCUUCUCAGUUGACUAGCGGAGCAGUAUGGGUUCAAUUCAAUGAUGGAUCCCAGUUGGUAGCACAAGCAGGAGUCUCCUCUAUCACUUACACAUCUCCAAAUGGUCAGACAACUAGGUAUGGAGAAAAUGAGAAAUUACCUGAAUACAUCAAAGAGAAGUUGCACUGUCUGUCUUCCAUUCUUGUGAUGUUUACCAAUCCAGCUGGUCCCCACUGACUAAAGCAAAGCAGCUUUUUGGGCAUAAAAGCUUAAUAAAUGUUUUGCUAGCAUUAAAAGUGACUUUAUUACUCUGCUUACGAGAAACUUAAAAUUCAGAAAUUCCAUUUAGAAUAAGAUCUGGUACAAAUGGAAGAGGAAAGGGUUGGUGUACUUACACCAAUCUGAUCAACUGUAAAACAUUGUAGAAGUAUGUGGUACUUUAGGCAGCUAAAGAUCAGAGAUUUGUCCACAUAAUACCAGAUUUACUUGAACACAAGGCCUUGCAUGUAAGGUGAGCCCCUAAUCAUUAGAUUCUACACACAAAAAGUUUAAAACUUAUUAUAAUUUUCCAUGUAUGAAAUAGGGCUGACAAGCCAGUCACUUGACCAGUUAAAUAUUGUCCACUGACCCUUACCCUGCUCUGCGCUGGUAGGCUCUGGUCCCUGUUGCAGUGAUGCAUAGCCAGCACUGCUGUUCCAGCCCCAGCCCUUAGCUGCAGCGGGGACAGAGAUUGCCAGCAUGAAGCCAAGUGCAGAGCCAAGGAAGCAGUGUUGCAGGGGAGGAGAGAGGGAGACGCAGGGGGAUGGGGACUAGGGGAGGAGUGACAGGGCAUGCAGAGGCAGGGGGAGGGGGAGAAGCAGGUGGCAAGCGUAGUUCUGGCUCCAACCCCAACAGCUGUCUCCCCCCUACUUCCUUGUGCUCAAUUGUAAGAUGGGCUUUUCCCACCCAUGUUAAAUGGGGGAAAAAUCCUUGUCUUCUAAUGGAGUAAAUACAGUAAAUUCUGUGUAUAGACUAUCCAACAUUCAUUGUUCAGGAAUUAAUUUGAAAUGAAAAAUCAACUGUAUAUAGCUUUUUUUUUUUUCUCUUCAUUGCUCAGUCAGUAUUGACAAUCAAAGAAAAUGCGUUUGUGCUGUUUAACUGUUUCUACCUGUAAAUAACUUGUAUUUUUAUGUUGCUUACACACAACGUAUGUAAAAAAAAAAGUGUAUAUUUGUUUUAUAUUUGCUUUUUUAUGUUUUAUUUUUGUAGCAGCAGUUUCUAAUUUCCCUGCACAAGUAUUUUAUAAUAAAAAUAAAUGCAGUGGUAAUUGCCUUCCCUUGAUUCUUUUGAACAAAAGAGUUUUGUAAGGAGUUAUCAAGUAAUGACAUAUUAAGGCUACUUUUUUGUAGCAGUAUAUGGAGUAAGUGUGGUUGUAAUACUCCAGUUUUUAAUGAUAUUUAUGAAAAUACAGCCUCUCAAUUUUGCAUUAAGCCCCAAUGUAUUACUACACUUGCAAAAAAAAAAAAAAGUUAUACAUUAGCUUAUUACCUUAAGUUACACUACUGCAUGAUGGAAGGUUGAAACAAGGAUUACAAAACCGGUAUAAUUUACACUUUGAAAAGUUUACACCUCUUCAAAGUAUAGAUCCCUCCUGAGUUUCACCCAUUACGUUGGGUUAAAGCUUGCUUACUAUUGGGGAAAUAAACCUAUCACCUUGCAUAGUACUUUUAGACGCUUAGUAAGUUGCUUUCAAAGCUGUCCAUCCACCCAGUUUGGAAAGCAUUGAGUUUGAUUAGCCCUGUAUGUCUAUUUUUGUCUUAACAGUUUCCAGUGUUUUAUCAGAAUUCUAAGAGACUUCCUAGGUAAAAUGUAUGUUUACAAACAUGCUAAGAAAAGUGUUUCUCUAUUGUAAUAGUAAAAAAUGCUUAAAACUAAAAGGCUAUACACAACACCUUAAACUUAUUGCUGAGAUAAUAUGACACAUGAACUUUUAAGGUAACAUUUUUUUCAAAUAAUGCAUUGAGCUUAAAAGAUGAGUUGCUGCUGCUACCUUAGAAAUGUGAUUUUAAACAGAGCUUAGAACAAUAUAAAAGAAAGAGGAAGGAUCAGGUUGUUGAUUUUUUUAAAUUAUUAUUUAUUUUUUUUGCAACCUCUAUACCAAAUGGUCUUAAGUAAUCCUAUUCAUUCUUGCUUUGUACUGUAUUAGGCCCUGGCAGUCCAUGGGGCAGAACAAAAGCAAGCUAGCUGUGAGCAUCAAGGACAAUAAAAAGUCCUUUUUCAGAUAUGUGGGGAGCCAGAGGAAAAGCAGGGGCAACAUUGGACCCC